GUAUGUGUAAUCCUGUGAGUGCUAGCUUAAUGCUAACCGCAGCUUGUAAUGUAAACAGCUUAUAGGCGACUUUGCGGCAAACGGCUCCAUAUCAUCCUUCUGUGUUUUUAUUCUGCAUGGCGGGCUCUAACUCUCUCUGUUGUUAUUAAUCUGAGGGUUUAAUGUGUCCUAGCAUGGGCCUCGGACACGGCAGGUAUCGGCUGUUACACCUGAUGCCAUGACACGUCUGUUGAUAUUCCCUUGACAACCGCGGAUCGGAUCGGAUAUCCCACCUAUAUUCAGGGGUCACCAUGCCCAUCACGCUGCUGUGGGCCGUGGACGUGUACGGCCGGGUGUACAGCCUCUCCACAGCCGGCCAGCGCUGGGAGCGAGCCGACGACAUGCUGCUGGAGCUGAAGAGGGCCACUGCAGGGAAGGGCCGCUGCUGGGGCAUCGGCUGUGACCACCAUGUUUACCUCAACAUGAUGCCCAGUGAGACCCCCAUCCGCUACCGGGAGGAGACCUAUGAGAACCAGAGGUGGAACCCGGUCGACAGCUUCACCGACACACUGCUGCCCACCGACCGCUGGCCGUGGAGCGACGUGACCGGGAUGAAUCCUCAGCCGCUGCACAGCUUUCAGCUUCCCUCACGCAGCUGGGAGUGGGAGGGAGACUGGUACGUGGACCAGAGCUGUGGAGGAGAACCCAGCCAGACCGGGGGUUGGGAGUAUGCAGUUGACUUUCCAGCAAACUUCUCUCCUGAUAAGAAAUGGAACUCAUGUGUCCGUCGCAGACGCUGGAUCCGCUACAGGAGAUACAUAGCACAGGGAACCUGGGCCAAGAUCCCUCUGGAUAAUCCCAGGAAGGCCCCACUUCCACUCUGUGACAUCAGCUGUGGUGGGUGGGAGAUGAGUGACCAGUCUGGGAGGUAUCCCUACCUGUGGGGAGUGUCUCAACAAGGACAGGUUUGGUUCAGGGAGGGCAUCCACCCUCGGGUCCCAGAAGGUACCCACUGGGAGGAAGUCGAAGUACCCAAAGAGGUGGCUCAGCUAUCAGCUGGCCCUGGAGAUCUGCUGUGGGCUGUACUAUGGGACGGGAACCUGCUGGUCCGUACGGGCCUCACCCUGGACAGCCCCACUGGGACGUCGUGGGUGGAGGUGGAGUCUCCAGUAAAAGAGGUUGAAGCUCUCCAUGUGGCUGUGGGCGUCAGCGUGGUCUGGGUGGUCACUAAAGACUACAAGGUGUGGUUCAGGCGCGGCGUAAACUCCCACAAUCCCUGCGGCUCGGGCUGGAUCAGCAUUGGAGGGGAGAUGAUGAUGGUGGAUGUCGGGCUUAACGACCAGGUGUGGGCAGUGGGUGAGGACCGCGGCCUAUAUUUCAGGAUGGGCGUGACCCCGUCUGAACCAAGUGGGAGCGGCUGGAUCCCUGUUUCUGCCCAGUGGGGGAACAGUAAAGAGGUCGUCCCUCCCAGGAACGAGGUUGAGUUUAGUGCCCAGCUGACUGAAGCCUCACAGGGCUCUGUGUUGAGCUGCACUGACUCAGACUCAGAGUUAGGCCCUGCUGACCCACCAAACAGCACAAAUGACACACCGGUCCUAGAGGCAGCGGCCCCCUCUGUUGUCCCUUUAGGUGCCGCUGACAGUCCUUCACCUCCUCUGAACACAGAGAACACUCCCUCAACCUCCCACCAGGACAUGCCUAAACCUUUCAUCCCUGCUAGCGACAGCUUCAUCAACAGUCUGGUGUCCGACCGCGACAAGCCCCCCACACCGCAGCCAUCCAUCACAGAGGCACCACAGGAGGAUGGAGAGGCCAUGCCCCCGGCCCCUGUGCUCCUCACUCCGGAGACUGUGGGACAAGAUGUGCCGUGGAUGAACGUAGAUCUGGAGGGAGCAGAAGCAGCUCGCAGCGCAGCUGGGCUCUCAUCAGGGGAUGGCGGUGCUGCUGCCACGUAUGCCCUAACAUCUCUGGAGAGCUCACAGGGUGUAGGUGAAGAGGAUGGGCCAGUGUGGGCUUGGAUCUCUGGAGGAGGCUGCGAUGUGGAUGCAGAGUCGCAGAUCAGCUGGCUCAGCCCUACAGGUCCUCUCACCAGCUCUUUGUCACUGACUCCGGUUCAGUCAGCAGCCUGGAGUGAGCAGCAGCAGCCGCAGGAGCACAAAGAGGAGAUCAGCAAGAAACCACUGGAAAGGAGCAACUCGGUGUGGGUGCGUAAAGGCUCGCUGCGCUGGUGGAGAGACUGGAAGCCUCAGCGCUGGGUGGAUGUGGGUGUUGCUCUGGAACAGUCCACCAAACCUGAUGGCAAAAAGGACAGCAUCUUCUUCGUCUACUACACACAGUAUGAUGAGAAAAAGUACCUCCAUGUGUUCAUAAACGAAGUGACGGCGCUGGUUCCAGUGCUCAGGGACUCCCACUAUGCCUUUGCUGUGUACACGGCCCAAAGGACCAAACAGAGGUGGCCUCUGGUCCUGGCAGCACAUACAGAGAGAGACAUGAACGACUGGCUCAGCCUGUUGUCUGACUGUUGCUGUGAGUGUCGGGGGAUCACAGGACCUCCAUCUAGACAUGCCCUUUGGUCUACAACUUCAAAAGGAGACAUCAUGGUCCAUGAGCCAUCCUUCUCCCUGGAGGCUCCUGCACAGACACCAGCCUGUGACCUCAUGUUCUGGCGGCAGGUCCCAGGUCACCUGCGCUGUGUAGAGUCUAACAGUCUGGGGCUGGUGUGGGGCAUCGGGUGGGAUGGCACUGCCUGGGUCUACAGCGGGCAGUUUUGGCAACAACCCACUUCUGGAGAUGCAGCUGAGAUGCACCAGCAGACCGAUGUAAGGAGUGUUCAUGUGUACGAGAAUCAAAGAUGGAACCCUAUGACAGGAUACACUGACAAAGGACUUCCUACAGACCGCCCUAUGUGGAGCGAUGAGAGUGGACUGAAGGAGUGCACCAAAGGAAGCACGCACCCGCCCUCCCCUCAGUGGUCAUGGGUGUCGGAGUGGGUGGUGGACUACAACGUUCCUGGAGGGACGGACAAAGAGGGCUGGCAGUACGCUGCUGACUUCCCUGUGACAUUUCAUGGCCACAAAACCAUGAAGGACUUUGUAAGGCGGAGAAGAUGGUCCAGGAAGUGUAAGAUCACACUGAGAGGUCCGUGGCUGCAGGUUCCUCCCAUCCCUCUGAGUGAUAUCUCCGUGAUGCCGUGUCUGGCUCAGAGCCGGAUGGAGCACGUCCCCGUCUGGGCCCUCAGUGAUAAAGGAGACGUUCUGUGUCGACUGGGAGUCAGCCCCCAAAACCCAGCAGGCAGCUCCUGGCUGCACGUGGGCACAGACCAGCCCUUCAAGUCCAUCUCCAUCGGUGGAGCCAACCAGGUGUGGGCAAUCGCUAAAGAUGGAGCUGUGUUCUACAGAGGAUCUGUCUCUCCACAAAACCCUGCAGGAGAAUGCUGGUACCACAUCCCGUCACCACCCAGACAGACUCUCAGACAGCUUUCUGUUGGGAGGACGUCAGUCUUUGCUGUGGAUGAAAACAGUAACCUGUGGUACAGACAGGGCCUCACCCCCAGCUACCCUCAAGGCUCGGCCUGGGAGCUCAUCUCCAACAACGUCACCAAGGUGUCUGUGGGGCCGCUGGACCAGGUGUGGAUCAUAGCAGACGGAGUUCCAGGUUUCACAUCUGAGACUCCUGGAGCUGUCUGCCACAGACUAGGGGUCGGACCGAUGCAACCCAAGGGCCACAGCUGGGACUUUGGAAUAGGGGGAGGCUGGGAGCACAUCAGUGUGAGAGGAAACUCAGCAGAGGCUCCUCGUGUGCCUCAUCUUCCUCCCGCUGGAUCUCCACGCAGCCCGCUCCCCCCACGGCCUCCUGCACAAGUCAACGGGAACGCUGUGGGAGUGUAGCACCCCUAACCUUCUUCUCCUCCUCUUCCUUCCUCUCUUCCUCUUCCUCCAACCCUGUUUGUGCCUGGAUCAAACAUUUGUGAUGCUCCCACAGGCCCUUAUCCCUUCUCGUGAAGGGAAUGCACAAUCACACAAACCACUGAGUUUAGACUGAAUUUGUGGGUCGGAUCUUAUCGGUGGAUGAAUGUUUCUCGCUGGUGUGGUUCCCAGGUGGGUAUGCAGUGAAGGCUUAAAGAAAAGUGAGCACAAGAGCAUUUAAGUGAAACUAUGGCGAUUUAACAUUGAACUGGAGUGCAUGUGUUUGCUCUAACCAGGCUUUGGCUACCGGGUGUUUUUGGACCUAGCAAUAGCUUUUAUUAAAAUGAACAAUAUCCUGUGAAAACCUGAGCGGGCAGGACUCUGAAAAAGGGCUAAGGCUCGGGUACCAAACUGACUUUAAACUCACAAUCCCACUGUAGCCUCAACUGUCUGUUUCUAGAAACUUGUUUUGUUUGUUGUUGCCUGUCAGACAUUUGCAUGUGGGUUUAUUUAUUUAUUUAUGAUGCAUUUGUUGAAUUUUCCUUCUCCAUAUGUUUUGGCCUGUUAUAUGUUUGCAAUGGAGUGUUUUUUCGCCCAUAUUGCUACAACAAGCCUUCCUAGUACUGAAAGCUUUUUCAAAAAAACAACCGGCACAAUACAAGAUCUCAAUAAAAUGCUCUUCAAUCACAAGCAAUGGGAGUGACAAAGAUGGAAAACUGCGUCUACAUUUCCAGAUAAUACCUCUCUGUCCGCCUGCAAUAAUGAAAGUUCUUCCUGUUAGUCUCUUGUCCUUCCUCUGUGAAAUGACCGUGACUGUUGGAGCAUCACAGCAGGUCUGAGUCUCUCCAGAGCUCGGCGUCCAUCCUGAAAGGGCAUUGAAAUGUGAA